GGCUUUCGUUGCCCACCAUUCAUCCAAGAUAACAAAACCAGGAAAUAUAUGAACUUAACUCCUUCAUUCUUUGUUAUCUACCUCUGCGCUUGAGAUAACCACAAACACAGAUAAUAUAGAAGAUAACAUGGCUCUGAGAAUGUGGGCUUCUUCCACAGCCAAUGCACUCAGAAUUUCUUGUGCCUCCAAAGCCCAUCUCUCUCCUGCAUUUUCGCUCUCCCGCUGCUUCUCUUCUGUUUUGGAUGGGUUGAAGUAUGCUUCUUCACAUGAGUGGGUGAAGCAUGAAGGCCCGGUGGCUACAAUUGGUAUCACCGAUCAUGCUCAGGACCAUCUUGGAGAGGUAGUGUUUGUGGAACUGCCAGAGCCUGGUGGCUCGGUUUCACAAGGUAGCAGCUUUGGAGCCGUGGAAAGUGUCAAAGCAACCAGUGAUAUCAAUUCUCCAAUCUCGGGUGAGGUUGUUGAGGUUAAUUCAAAGCUGACUGAAUCACCUGGCUUGAUUAAUAAAAGUCCAUAUGAAGACGGAUGGAUGAUCAAGCUGAAGCCAAGCAAUCCAUCAGAAUUAGAAUCCUUGAUGGGUUCAAAGGAAUACACAAAAUUCUGUGAGGAGGAAGAUGCUGCACAUUAGAAUUUGUUGCCGCAACCAUCUUAGAUUAACUGAUCCUCAGCUGUUUAAGAUCACUGUUAUUUUUUAUCCUUUGUCAAUAAUCCCUGCUUUCCAUUGGACCUUUUAGGUAUCAUAUAUUAAAAAAAAAAAAAAAGUUACUUGUCAUCGAUUUUGAAGUUGCUGGCUCCAAGUCAAUGUAAUAUGCCUACUAUUCCCUCUCCCUCCCACUUUUGUAAUUCGGUAUCUUCCUGUGGAUUCCUUCCUAUUUUAAUUUAUUUCAUUUGCGUUUGUUGAAA